AUGUCGCAUCCGCCAGAGUAUGCGGCUGCCGCCCUUCGCUCGACGCCUGCCCAGAUGACGGCUGGCAUUUCCGUCGACCUUGUAGUGGCUGCUCAGCGUGAGGCGAAUUUUCUUCGAAUGAUAGACCGGAAAGCACCCCUGCUCUACGAACCGGACGUGGUCAAUCAGGCGAUUCGACGUUACGAGACUUGUUGGCUACCGAUGCAGGCAGCUCAUCCUGAUAUGAACGUGAUCCCACCGUUAGAUGUUCACUGGAUUUGGCACACGCACAUGUUGAGUCCAAUAAAUUACCAAGAGGUCUCAUUACCGCACUACACCUCAACGAAAUUUCUGAGUGAGGCCGUGAAACGAUACAUUCAGUUCCUGCUUCUCAAGCAAACAUAUUCGGAUCAAUUUCUCACACCCUGCUAUGACUUCGAUAUUGUCUGGCACACUCAUCAGGUGCACCCACUGAACUAUCUGCGUGAUUGCACAGCAAUCUUCGGCUCGUUGUUGAAGCACGACGAUACGGUGAACGAUAGGACGAAAGGCAGCAAGCUGCUGAAAGGCGAGGCGUUGACGAAGAAGCUCUGGGCAACGCAUUUUGACGAACCGUUCUGGAGGCGAGGGUGUAUGUUCAGAGGACAUAACGCACCGGUGUUUCUGGGAUUCGAAAAUCAGGAUCUGUCGAAUAUCGCCUACGGCGACGUGCACGUACCGUCGAUCGCUUUAAAGGAUAUACCAGUUCAGCGAGAUCAAUUGAGGCUUAAACUGGUUUAUGGCAACAAGAAAGUGACUACAUUCAAUGCUGACUUGUCACAAAAACAGGUCACAAAAUCAGGUUUCUCGUUGGUAUGGCAGCCAACAGACGCGUCGACAUCAGCGUCAAUCGUCAAAUUUCCAUUUGAGCGGAAAGCAUCUAAGGACCUACUGGUAGAGCUGGAGAUUUUCGACAAGAUGUUCUUACAACGAAAGGAUGUGAUUCGAUUAGUUGGCAAAGCGUCACUCGAUCAACUUUUGCCACCAAUGAAUUCGAAAUCGGCACAUAAUGUGGCUGAAGUGUGCCUCCGAUCCAAGGAUAUAGACAAGGAAAUGACAGCAAAAGUGACGGUUACUACCAGUGUGACGUUGAACCGCGAGCUGCAGUUGAUAGCUGGUGAUUUCAUGGAGCAUCAGCUGCAAUCUGACUCGCACCUUUCCUACCUGUGUCAGUGCGCGUCACUGAAUCGUAGCGCUCUCACUCCGUCAACCACCAUCCACAUCGCCACACACAGUGUGGUGGAUACGCGAGAUGGUGCCAAGUACACUGUGCAAGUGGCACACUCGGCCGCUCUGCUGCUGUCGAUGAUCCUGGUCUACGGGAGGGAGCAGCGGCUACUGGUAAUGGCCCAUCUGAUAGGCGCUGACUCACUGCCUAGUCGAGAUCAACUCGACAAUAACUUGCAAUUUUUGCCGCACAUAUCGAAUGCUGAUGAGCGAGCGUUUGUGAUAGUGAACAAAGACGGCGACUAUGCUAUCCUCAAGGGCAGAUGGACGGGUUUCUCCAGGAAGCAGGCUAGUUCCCAAUGGUUUAUUAGUCCUGCGACAAAAGGGCAGAAGGCUAAGCCUGGUUCAGCUGGUCACCUGCUCAUCGACGUGUUCAAUCUGCUAAAGAAUACAGUGCAAAAAAUUGAAGUCCCCACACCAGAGGGGUCAACAUUAUUUGUUAUUGGAGACGCACAAGCACGAUUACCUGGAAAGCGAAUCGAGUGCCGGUCGACGAACACUGCCGAGCAGAUAGCGUCUGUGUUCUGUGUGGCCACACUAUUCGUCCUCUGCAAUCCCGAUAAGAUUCGAUCGCGUAACGACGGCACUUCGAUUGGACACCAAGCGCAUAAGUGGCCUCUGACGUUGGCUUGCGGAUACGGUAGGCAGUUACCGUCCAACCGAAUCCUCCAGUCGCAUGGCGCCAACGGUAAAUGUAUGCUAUUAUGA